AUGGGUGAGACUCCCCCACCUGCACCUCCACCUUUGCCUCCAACUGGGUUGCUCAUGAAGCGAUGCAAGUUCAUUUGGCGCCUUCUGUUGCUCUCUAACCUCGCGCUUGGAGCUUUUCUAUUUGCAAGUGCAAAACGAAGAGAUUCCGUGGAGAUUACUAGAAGAACAGCGCUAAAAUCGCACAAGGGCAAAGCUAGUGUUGAAGUUCCUCCUGAACCCAUCACAAGCUCAAUUGAUUUAAAUUGUGAUGAUUUCUUUGUGCCUGUCACAACACCUGUGCAAAUGCGGGCUCCUAUCCCUGAAGAACAACAACGUGAAAUUUUCCAGUGGAUGCUAGAAGAGAAAAGAAAACUGAAACCUAAGAACCCUGUAGAGAGAAAACAGAUUGAUGAAGAAAAAGGCCAUUCUUAA